AGACAGAAGCUGCUGCCGUAGACUACAUUCGCAUUUCUCAAUUCAAGUUUGAGCAACGCUCAGAGCCGGACAGAGCCAGACUCACUGAGUCAGUGCUAAACGACAGCGCGUCGCGUGUGGACGAGUUUCUUGUAGUCUGUGAUUUAUAAACGAAGCGCAAAUUAAGAAAACAAAACAACAAGGCGAGCAAGAAGUAAAAAAAGAAAAAGUGUUCAGCCGCAAAAUGUUUGCGCUAUUCGGAGCUGCUUUGCUGCUCUUGCUGCAAGCCACAUUGGCCCCAGCUCAGCUGAUUACGUUGCGCGAUGGCAAGGUGGGCGUCAACUUUGCCGGCUUCCAUGCCGAUGCCGGACUGGGCGGCCUGCUGACGGGCAACGCAGCCCACGGCGGCCUCAGCGCCUCGGCGGGCACACCCUGGGGAUCGCGUGCCGCAGCUGGCAUUGGCGGCGGUCUCAACGGUCGCACCGCUGGCGGUGCAUAUGCAGCGGCUCAGGCCAACGAUGACGUCGGCGCCAGCGCUCUGCUUGGCGGCAGCGUGGGCGAGCAUGGCUACAUCGGCUCCGAGGCACACGCGAAUGGCCGCAAGACCAGCCACUCUGUCAAUCUGGGCACCCAGCACUCUGUCACCGAGGGCGCAGCAACCGUUGAGGAUCCGCCUCCACCGCUGCCCACCGCCGGCCCAACCACCUACGUGCAGAAGGUCAAGCCGCCCAAGAAGUAUUCGCUGAUUGCCCAGAACACGCAGUCGUCGCCCAAAAGCGAAGCCAAGGUGGUGCACAAAUCCGCAAAGGGCCCACGCCAAGGAACGCAGGGUGUCAGACAGCACGUCAUAGGACCGCAGGCUCAAGGAGUCGUUGGCCAGGCACUCGACAUUCCCAUUGGCAUAUUGCGCUCCCUGCAGAUGAGCCUGGGCGGCUUGAUUGGCGGACAGGAGGCAGCUGCCCAGCCCAAUGGAAAGCCACAGCUGGGCUGAGUGAACGUGCUAAACCGAAUAUAUUAAUAACAGCAAAAUGUCGUACAGUCAAUAAAGCUAAUUAAACGAUAUACAUA